UCCGCGUUGACGGCAUUGAGUUUGACAUUUCAAAUUAGGGGGUGAAACGUAAACAAACGCAGUGAGAAAAACUAUAAUUUUUGUUCAAAGUUAUCUUGAGAUUCUAUAGCUUUCUGCAAAAAUGGCAUCCAAUGCGAUAAACUCUUCGAUGAUGACGGUAAAUUUGCAGCUUGCCGAUAUUUUUCAAUACGUCGGAGGAGGAAGCAGGUUGAUAGUCGAAGGUGAACGGGUGUUUCAAGCUAACCACUUGCUUCUUGUCGGAGUUCAAACCGUGCACGAGGACGGCUUUACCAUAUUUGCGACUUGUUUGAAGUCAUCAUCACCUAGAGCUGAUCCACACAAAAUUUCCAUCCGCACCAGACCUUCCUUUGAAAAGUGGUCUUUUCAGUGUUCGUGCAAAGCUGGAAUGGGAAAAUGCAAACACAUAAUGGCCGUUUUAAAACAUCUUCUAAUGUUCCCUUCAGUUCCAUUGCUUACAGUAACAGAUUUGCAACAAAAGUGGGGUAAAAUUGCAGAAAAAGUUGCUGACGAUAUGUACAAGACAACACCAUUGACCGCAUUCUGCAAAAAAAUGACGAAUACAAAAGAUACGACUGAAGCUGUCUCGCCGGCGGGUUUGACUCACGAUGAGGGUACCAACAUUCUUCAGCUUUUCGUGAAAGGAUUCCCUGAAAGCGGUCUGGCAUACGAAAAGAAAGGACGAGAAAUGAAAAAUAUUGACAAAAAUAAUGAAUCUGAUGUUCUGAAUACACUUCUCGAUAUAGAUUCUACUUAA